GUCCACGGGUCGGUGUCAUCGAGUCGUAACUAAGAGGCAAGCAUGUCUUAUUCUGCUAAAAUAGGUCCCUCCAUUCUAAGCAGCGAUCUCGCGCAGUUAGGAGAUGAGUGUAAACGAAUGAUGGAAUGUGGAGCUGAUUACCUCCACCUUGAUGUGAUGGAUGGCCAUUUUGUCCCAAACAUUACGUUUGGCCACCCAAUGGUAGAAUGUCUACGGAAUGCCGUGGGUCCGGAUCCUUUUUUCGACAUGCACAUGAUGGUGUCCAGGCCAGAGCAGUGGGUGAAGCCUAUGGCCACAGCCGGAGCCAACCAGUACACCUUUCACUUGGAGGCCACAACAAACCCUGGCAACCUCAUCAAGGAGAUCAGAGAGAGUGGCAUGAAGGUGGGCCUUGCCAUCAAGCCUGGAACCACUGUGGAGGAGCUUGCCCCCUGGGCUGGGCAGGUUGACAUGGCUCUGGUCAUGACUGUAGAACCUGGCUUCGGUGGUCAGAAAUUUAUGGAGGACAUGAUGCCAAAGGUCAGCUGGCUACGAAGUCAGUUUCCCUCCCUGGACAUUGAGGUUGAUGGAGGAGUAGGCCCAGGUAGCAUUCACAGAUGUGCAGAGGCAGGGGCCAACAUGAUUGUCUCCGGCAGUGCCGUGGUCAGCAGCGAUGACCCCCGCUCCGUCAUCGCCCUUCUCAAGAACGUCGUCAUGGAGGCCAUCCAGAAGCGCUCUCUUGACCGCUGAUUGGACAGCACUGUUAGAUGACCCUUCCCCCUGCAGCCAUUGGCCUCAAGCACCUGUGAUUUUGAUAUUGAUUCUCUGGUAACUGCUGGCUGCGUGUUGCGUUAAUUUUGUUAUUUAAUGGUUGUCACGGUGAAAGUGAGGCCAUCUAGAACCCUCUGGUGCUUGAGGGGCAGCUCUGCCUUUGGAAGGGGGAAGGACCAACAGGGCCACGGUCAGUCACGAGGGCCCUUAAACGUUACAGCCAAUGAGAGCCAAACACUGAAUUGCAUUUUUUUUUUUUUCAGAAAAGAUUGAACUGAAAGCCUAAUUUGAUCAGUGCUGGGAGGGCGAUCACCUUUGGUUAACCAACAGAAGUGGUCACUUCUCUGUUCAGUCCGUUUGUUGUGGCUGGGCAUAUCUCCCAUCUCCACUGUCCCCUACUGUACAUUCCCAGUGCAUUCUCAGUUAUCCUGCUCCAUCUGCCUGAGGGGUGGCGUUAGCUACCUAACAGGAGACAUGUAACAUCUUCACAGCUGCUCUGGGGCUCCUCUGGUGCUGUCCACUCAUUUUGGGCUUGCAUCUGAACAGUCUGUUUACCAUUAUACUGUUUGUUGAUGUUCAAUGAUUACAUUCCCUCUGAUGAGCCUAUAAUACUGCUGAAUAAUGUUUUUGUGAUAAAACGGUUAAUACAAUGAGUUGUUUUCUCA